AUGCGAGAACCUAAAAACCGGGAAGCAAAAUUGGCAUCUCGAUGGUGCGCAUACAGAGGAGAGCCUGGGAGUAGCGUGCUCCUGAUUUGGGCAGGUUUCAAAGGGAAACUUCCACACGUGCUUAUUUUCAAUCAACAGUCAACACAAGAUGCUGUUUCACUUCUGAAAGUCGUUCAUCAUACCAUAUACAAUCACUUUAAGUUCACUUUUCAGCAUGCCUUGUUCUGCACAAAUACGGAUCCGAGUGCACUUCGGAGCCUCAAAUUGCAGAGAGAAUUGGCAGCCGCUUGGCAUGAUAUGGAUCCGAGUACAGACGUUGCAGCACUGCCCUCAAUCGAAGACGCCAUUGACUACAUUUUGGUCACCGGAAGCUUUCAUCUUGUUGGUGGUGCGCUGUCAGUUUUGGAAGGGCAGAACUUUGCCCUUGCGAGAUCUGCGGCUGAAUAG